AUGUUGAAGUUGAGGAGUCUUAGCAUGGGUCGCACAGGCUUGGCGCAUCCAAGCCCACUCUCCAGACUCACUGGGCAAUGUUGGAGGGAGGAUGAGGAUGAUGGUGGUAAGGAGUAUGAGGACAACGAGGCUAGUCCAUCACCUGAAUCGACUGAUACUAAUGGCAAAGGGCAUAGCGUCCAUGAUUCGGAGUGCAGUACCAGGCCAUGGAAGGUCAGGUCAGCAUCCAAGAGUUCUCACUUGGUGAAGCAGGCGAGCCACAGUAGCAUUUGUACAGUUACUGCCGGAUCUGUCUGCAAACAGGAGCAAGAUACUGGGCUCAUACAUCAUGAUGAGGAUGCCUUGCAGGCGGACGUGGAGUCGGAUGAUUACCAAGCCUGGUGUGGUAUGACUGAAUCUUGA